UGAGUCAGAGCCGCCGCCUCCUCCCCGCCCGCUCUCACGUACGCGCGGCCGGGCGGGCAGGCACCGAGCCGCCGUCCCGCACCGCGGCACUUGCUGGAGAUGAACCGCGCCGCGAUGCGGGUCUGCCUCCUGCUCCUGGCCGCCCUCAGCCGCGCCGGCAGCGACCACAGCCAGGAGCAGGAAGGUGAGGAACCGCCGCAUUCCCAGGAGAAGGGUCCCGGUCACAGUCACUGGAGCUAUGAAGACCAGGAGCACUGGGGUACGGACCACCUGGACUGUGCGGGCAACAGGCAGUCACCCAUCAACGUUGACACAGCCAAGACCAUCUUCAGCCCUCAGCUGCGGCCGAUCCAGCUCUCUGGCUACAGCCUGCCUGCCAGUGAGAAGCUCAGGCUGAUCAACAAUGGGCACACAGUUCUCCUCAUGUUGCCUGAAUCACUGGCCAUCACUGGUGGCUAUGCCCAGCAGUACCGAGCUGUGCAGCUACACCUGCACUGGGGCUCACCGUCAGGACCUGGUUCAGAGCAUACUGUCAAUGGGCACCGCUUUGCAGCAGAGAUUCACGUUGUCCACUACAACACCAAGUACAACAGCUUUGAUGAGGCAAAGGUCCAGCCGGAUGGACUGGCUGUACUGGGAGCCUUCCUGGAAGUUGGGUCAAGAGAGAACCCAUACUAUCAGGAAAUACUUCAGCAUCUGUACAAAAUCCAAAGAGAAGGUGAGGAAGUCUUGGUGUCUGGGUUCAACAUAGCGGGUCUGCUGCCUGCCAACCUGAAACUCUACUUCCACUACAAUGGCUCUCUGACCACCCCUCCCUGCUCCCAGACAGUGAAAUGGACAAUCUUUAACCAGACCAUGCUGAUCUCCCAUUACCAGAUGUCAAUGCUGGUGAUGAGCCUGAGAAACGAUGACGGCAAACCUCUGCAGAACAACUACAGGCCAGUGAAGGACCUGCAUGGGCGACGGGUGCUGGCCAGUUUCCAGACCACCCUGCCUUCAGCAAAGCAUCUGCCUGCUGAUAGUGACGGCUCGGAAGCAGCAGAUGGACACUCCAGCUCUUCAUUUCACGCAGGGGAUGUGUUGGCCAUACUCUUCGGGGUGCUCUUUGCCAUCACGGCGUUGGCCUUCCUACUGUACAUCUACAAGCAUCGCAACCAGAACACACGGCUGGACUCUCCAACCAAAUCCAAGGUCAUCUACACAGCUGCUGCCACUGAGAACACUGCCUGAGCCCCACACCUCUGUGGCGGUCCUCACCCACCGGCUCAGCCUGCCAUGCCACCUCUCCUCCCUCCCACCUGGGGUGAAGGAGGGCCAGCACUCCAGCAUCGCUCAGCCGCAUGUGCUGCUCACACAGACUGUUUCCCUGGGGCAGCAUCUGGCCCCAGCAGAUAUUUUUGUUAUAAAAAAAGGUAAAAAAAUGUGUAUUUAAAAAAAAAAAAGUAAAAGCUUCCCAUGGUGCCAGCCCUCUCUGUUG